CACGUGGACGCGUCGGGGGCUGCCGUGGUCCCGGUCGCGCUCCCCGCUCCCGGGCCUCUGCGGACGGCGCGCACAUGGCGACCCAGGCGCACUCGCUCAGCUACGCGGGGUGUAACUUCUUGCGCCAGCGGCUGGUCCUGUCCACCCUGAGCGGGCGACCGGUCAAGAUCCGCAGGAUUCGCGCCAGGGACGACAACCCGGGCCUCCGAGAUUUUGAAGCAAGUUUUAUAAGGCUGUUGGACAAAGUAACUAAUGGUUCCCGAAUUGAAAUCAACCAAACAGGAACAACCUUAUACUACCAGCCUGGCCUCCUGUAUGGCGGGUCUGUGGAGCACGACUGCAGUGUUCUCCGCAGCAUUGGCUAUUACCUGGAGGCUCUGCUUUGCCUGGCUCCGUUUAUGAAACACCCAUUAAAAAUCAUUCUACGAGGAGUGACCAAUGACCAGGUUGACCCUUCGGUUGAUGUUCUUAAAGCGACAGCGCUCCCUCUACUGAAACAGUUCGGGAUUGAUGGAGAGUCAUUUGAGUUAAAGAUCUUGCGGCGGGGAAUGCCUCCUGGAGGAGGAGGUGAAGUGCUUUUCUCAUGCCCCGUGAGGAAGGUCCUGAAGCCUGUCCAGCUCACAGACCCGGGAAAAAUCAAGCGUAUCAGAGGAAUGGCGUACUCGGUGCGCGUAUCACCUCAGAUGGCAAACCGGAUCGUGGAUUCUGCAAGGAGCAUCCUCAACAAGUUCAUACCUGACAUCUAUAUCUACACAGAUCACAUGAAAGGCGUCAGUUCUGGGAAGUCUCCAGGCUUUGGGCUGUCGCUGGUUGCAGAGACUACCAACGGUACCUUCCUGAGCGCUGAACUGGCCUCCAAUCCCCAAGGCCAGGGAGCAGCAGUGCUUCCUGAGGACCUCGGCAGGAACUGUGCAAAGCUGCUACUUGAAGAGAUCUACAGGGGAGGAUGUGUAGACUCGACCAACCAAAGUCUAGUUCUGCUGCUCAUGACCCUUGGACAGCAGGACGUUUCCAAAGUCCUGCUGGGACCACUCUCACCCUACACGAUAGAAUUUUUGCGGCAUCUGAAGAGCUUUUUCCAGGUUAUGUUUAAAAUUGAAACUAAGCCAUGUGGUGAAGAACUGAAGGGCGGGGACAAAGUGCUAAUGACCUGCGUUGGUAUUGGCUUCUCUAACCUGAGCAAGACCCUCAAGUGAUCCUGUGCAAGGUCAGGCCCUGCUGUAUAUGGAUGAAGCAGAAAGAUGCGAAGGACCACAGGGACCAAGUCCGGACAUGUCCAUCCUUUUCCACUGAAAAUACUGAUUUGCAAAUAAAAGCUGUUUCUCCCAUGUGGCUUCCCGCUGCUUCCCCAGUGACAUUCCUCGGAGGCCCGGCUGUGGGCUUCUGGACUCACCGGGAGGAGGGGCCCUCCGUGAGUGGCCAUGCUGCAAGACAGGAUCCUGGCAGCUCUUCUUCGUCUUUGGACUGUGACUGUGUGUAGGGUUCAUAUGACAGUGUGACUGUGUGUCAAAGACCUCCACAGUCUGACAAGCUAGGGUUGUGCCAGACGCUGGGGCACUGGUUCCGUCUCUCGACUUAGGAAUAAUUUGCUUGCAUGGGCACAUGCUAUACCUCACAUGGUAACUUGUGUUUGUGUGGGCCUGGUGGUUGGGAUGGGGAGGGCAGAUAUGUCUUAAAUGUUUUCUGUAUCCCAGGUGUGGCAUAAAAUUUUGUUUUUAUUCUUCUAA